ACGGGCCGAUACCGGGUGGCCCGCGCGACCCCCGCCUGUCGGAUCGAACCCGGCUGGCUCUGCGCAUGUUGCCGUCCGAGCUGGGCCUGCCGUUGCCGUGGCGACGACGCCGGGGCGGCAGCGUGCAUUGUUCCGCUCGGCGGCUCGGCCUCAUUAUACCGCUGCUGGCUUUGAUGUGGUUCGCGAGGCUCUACCUGCAUUACUGCAGCCAGUGGCUCUUCCUCCAGGCAAUGGCAGUUCCUGUCAACAAGUUCGAGUUCCACGCACACACGGUGGACCUGGUGUACCAGAACUCCCUGCUGCACACCCGCGAGGAGCUGGCCCUGGUGGUGGCGGGGCCCCUGACCUUGAACGCCGUCACGUUCCUGCUGGUUCUGAUCAGACGGGGCUGUCAACAGAUAUUUGGCUCACUCCCUUCCUUCACGUCAGACUUUAUCAUGGCUCAGGGAGUGUGGACAGUCCUGGACCCCGGGGCUGUGUUGGCGGUGGACGCCGUCCUGGGGCGUCUCGCCUACAGCCCUGACAGGCCCGUGGGGGACGCGGCAAAGCUCUACUGGCACUUCCUGCGAAAUAGCCAAUCAGGCGCCGCCGGCGUGGUCAUCACCCUGUUCCUCUACGCUGUCCUUCUGCUGCUCUCGGUCACCAUCCUGUUCAUUUACCUGCUCAGAUUCCACAACGACGGCCGUAUGCUGGACACCUUUCAGCGCCUCAGUGCCAGGGAGGGAGACUACUUCCUGCCUCGGGACCUGGAGCUGUCCAAUCAGGAGCUGAGCCACAUUGUCAAGAAAGCGGAGCAGUGGCGAGGAUUCAACGGCGAGAGGCGUAAAGUAAGAGCCCAAACGCAACACUGCUCUGUCCCUGUCUUUCCCUCUUUGUCUCUUCUCUCAAUGUCUUCCUCCUCAUCAAUCCAAAAUGGCUAAUUAAAUGGAUUACGAACAAUGAGACGAAAUGCUACUAUUAGCCAUUAGCCAUUAGCCGUCAGCCAUAAGCCUUGAGGGUUGCUCUAUUGAAAUGGGGAGACAUGUACAGAAGGCUGUUCCCAAUGGGACAAUAUCUAGCAAGGGUAGCUGUAAGAACGAGAUUGAGAUUGCAACUAUAUCGGAAUAGUACCUUUAACUGCGUGAAAAAGUCCAGGAGAACGUACCUUUUACGAAAGGAAACACGAUUACAUUUGCGUUAGUUACAUUUGAGGAAAAAAAAGCUGAGAAUUCAUCUCAGAGGUCUUUAGCUUGAUUCUAAUUAGUAGGAGAUAAUUACCAAAACAGAGACUGCGCUAUCUGAUUCAGCAAGCCUGAUUAGUCUACGGAAGCACAUUUUUCGGUGGUGUUUUCAGAAGAUAUUUCAUUCAGAGAGGGACUGCUCAAUCAACGAGAAUCAACGAGAAUCCCGCACAUGCCUCAACCCCAGGCCUGGGACACUGCCUCAAAACGAUCUCUAAACAUGGACGUGUUCCGGUUUGCAUAAACGAAGGUCCCCAUGAAAUGACCAAGGUUCGGUGGGUGGGGGCGAGCUGCCUCUCGCUUCCUCGGCAGAACCACUGCGGGUCGGCCAUGAUGACAUGGGGGAAUGACAACGUAUUAGCGCGUCUGCCCGCCGCCCCAUGCAAAAAAAUACAAAAUCCAUGCAUGGUUGAUUGAAAAUGUGACUUGUUGAGAUAAGGGAAAUAGAACGUGGCGAUCAAACCACCAAUCCAGCCUUUAAUUUAUUCUGUACGAUUUGUUAGUGGCACACAUCUCUUGCUUCUCCCCACCCCGCCACCCCCCCAUGUGUUCAUUAACUCCCUUGCUCCUUGCUUCCAAGUUCACACAUCUUCUGAGGAAAAACUACAGUAUCUUGGGUUAGAAAAAAAAAAGAAAAAGAGAAUGAGAACCCACACUGACAGUGAACUUCACAUGCAGUGUUUUGAUCGGAAGUUAGCCGGAAUUUUCGACCACAGCCCAAAUACUUGUCUAACAGUCAAGCUAAAUUACACUGCUCCAUAAUAUGUUUUGGUGACUUUAGCUAUUGUCCUCUAUCCUGGGUAAGUGGUAACAAUCCUUUCCAGAAGAAAAAGACCCAAAACCAUUUAAACACCAGCCUAAUGAACGUCUGUAGGGAACCAUAAUGUUCCUCAUAACAUUUAUAUAUAUAUGGGUAGGGGACAUGCAGUUCCAUUACUUUAAGCAGACUCAUA